ACACACACACACACACACACACACACUCCAGACAUACUCUCUCUUUCUCCUGUUUCAGACUGAGGAGUGUAUGGACAGUUUGGAGUUUGAGAUGGCGGGGAGGUUCUGUCAGCGAGCCUGACAACCUCCUUGCCCUGGACCUGCUAGGACACAUCCACUCUGAACUGGGAGACACAGAGAGGGCCAAGGAAAUAUCCUUCAGUGUGUGUGUAUGGUUUGAUUGCAUCUCUGUGUGUGUUGUGCAAAUGCACAUGCAUGUGUGUGUGUGUUCCUUAACCCCAGCUCUAAGUGUUUCUGCGUGGGGUACAGUUGAGUCCUGAUGAAGGUCAUAGUAAAUACAUGUCUCUAGGGCAGAUACAUACUGGCCAGGAGACUGUGCAAUACUAACUCAAAGGAAUACAGAUACUACUGUGUAUGCUGGAGAAACAUGCACAAGCCACAGCAGGAGCAGGAGCUGAGGCAGCAGCCUUCCCACUCCAGGACUCGGGGUCAGAGAUCCUGACAGCCAGAGACAUGUGUGUGGCCUACUGUUCUGUGGCAGAGAUCUACUUCACUGACCUCUGUAUGGAGGACAGGGCAGGAGAUCAGUGUCGAGACGCCAUAGAGAGAGAGCUGACCUAUCACCCUGACAACCCAGAGGCUCUACAGCUGAUGGCCAGCUACCUGUUCAGUACAGAGAAGAACCAGAAGGGGAGGGAGUACCUGAUGAGGAGUGUGGAUGCAUGGCUACCUGCCCUGAAACAGAGUGACGCUCCACCCAGCAGAGAGGACAUAGAGGAGGAACACACACAGAGUGACAUCCCACCGUAUGAAUCCCGCAUCACCACGGCCAAACUCCUCAUAGAGGCAGAAGAGUACGAGACAGCAGUAGAUGUGUUGGAGGGUCUACUAGAGGAAGAUGACGAGGUGGUGCAGGUGUGGUAUCUCUCAGGCUGGGUGUGUUACCUGCAGAUGGAGAGAACAAGGGAGGAGAGAGAAGAGAGCGAUGAGGAGAGAACAAGGGAGGAGAGAGAAGAGUGGGAGGAGUGAGAAGAGCGGGAGGAGUGUGAAGCGUUGAAGGAGGCAGCCAGAUCUUACCUGACCAAAGCCAAGAAGCUAUACGUGAAGUUGCGCUGUGACGACGGACCCAUACUGGAGCACAUGGAGCAGCUCCUGGUGGAACUGGGGGGUGAGACAGAGGGGGAGGAGGAGACAGACCCUGCACUGGAUGAAGACUUUGAGCUCUACAGUGACGAUGAGGAAGAGGAUACCAUGGAACAUUGACCUCACCCCUCUCUACCAGUGAUGUAGUGGUAAAACAGUAUGUUGGUAACGCUGAGAGACUUCCGCUGUGAAUAAAGUAAUGCUCUCCAUGUUUCCAAUGUCUUUUUCUGCGACAGGUGCGUAAAUAAAAAAAAGUGGGUAAACAGCGUUUAGACUGCAUACCACUCUCUACUUUUAUAGUACACUAUUAACUCAGACAUUAAAUAAAGGUAAAGUUUAUAGAGAUGUAGUUUACUAAGACCUCUUACCUAUCACUGUACACCUUACAAACUAGACCAGAUGCAACACUUGGUUGGAAAGCAGCAGAGUUGUGAGUGCAACAGUCGAUGGGCCCUUGAGUAUUCUCUGAAUCUCUCUCUCUCUAGAUAUUGUCUGUAUUGUGUUCUCAGAAGUGAGUUUCCCAGAAUCAUAUGACCUCUCUCUCUCUGUCAUAUUAGUGCUGAAUUGUUUUCUGUAUUAGAAAAGAGUGAUUGACAUGUCGACUCAAGCUUUGUUUCCAUUGUCCUCGAACGAACCAGAUAAAAAACAACUUCAAUGCUG